AUGGACGCUGGAAGACCACUACCUCCAAUCCCUGGACUUGACGGAAUUCCUGAUGAAUUAAUAAAUCACCUUAGAAAACGAUCAAAUAGAAAAGAAGAUUCUCGAUUUCCAUACAAAGUAUUCGCUUUACUAAAAUGGGUAGGCUACGAUCAAAAUAGAGCAAAUCUUGCUGGAUGUGGCUGGGUGUCAGACUCACAAAAUGAAUUUUAUAUUCACAAACCAAGAUUAUGCGAGGUUUUAAACGUUAAAUUAAAUACAUUAAACGUAAAUUUGAAAACACUAGGAUUUGAACAAACAAGAAAAGUCGGAGAACAUUCCUACUUCAAAAACGAUAUAUUUUCAAAAAAUUCUUCGCAACAAGACUUUGAAAGAAUACGAAAUAGUCGCUGUAAACCAGAUUCUUUAAUGCAUAUGAACGCAAAAGCAGCUUAUUUUCCACUUCUUGAACAUAUUCAGUUAUUCAUGAUGGAUGAAAAAGCCAUCAGUAUGUUCAAAAAAGAAGUCAUACAAAAAUGGGAGAAAUUGGUUGGUUCUCCUUUGAUUUUUGCAGUUUCAAUACCUGUAUUUACCAAAUAUUUGUUAAAUUCUAUCCAAGAUUCAUUAGGAUACCAUGAUGAGAAUAAUACUAUACAACAAGUUUUAGUCGGAAAAACACCCAACGUUGUCACAAUUUUUGAUUUUGCUGUUUUUUUGGCCAGAUUCGGUCCUUUUGAUAAUGUACCUUAUAAAAUCAUGCAAUAUCAGCAAAUACUUCAUAUAAUUCAGCCAGACUAUUUCAUGUUCACAGCUCCAUCGUUAAUUAACUACUUUUCAAGUACUUUCCAUAAUUGCUUUAGUUUCAAAAUAUCUCAAACAGGAGAAUAUCACUGCUAUAAUCUACCGCUAAUUUCAUCAUCAGCUGCUUAUUUGGUGGAUGAAGAUGGAGUUUAUUACAAAUCAUGGGAAAAAAUGGUUGAGGCUAAUCACUUUUUGACACAAAGAGGAUAA